GUUUGAUCCAUCCUCAUCAGAUAUGGAGAAUUAUGAGCCAGAUCCGCCAAUAUUCAAUAUGACACUGCUCAACUACAGCAGUGUCGUGAAGCCGCGUCGCUACGACGUUCACAACCUCGGCGUGCCGUCCAUGUUCCACGGCUGGGUGGAUGUUCAGGGGCAGGGCGCCGCCAACGACUACUGUAGGGUGGUCACCAACUCAACCGGCGGCUACCUGCUCUCCUGCUCGCUGGCUGGAAUGGGAGGCAGCCAGAGUGACCUCAACUACAACAGCACUGGGUCUUGGUUUGAUGCAGGUCACGUGGAUACGUGGUACAUGAUGGACGUCAAUGGGGACCGUAGAGAUGACUAUUGUAGGUGCACUGGCUGCAUACCGGCAACCCGUGUUUCGUGUCUGCUGGCCGGUGAGGGUGGUUUCAAGACAGAGACAUUAGACUACGAGCCACAACCAGGUGGCUGUCACUACCGCACCGUGAACCCUUUCUUCGGACGAUAGAUCCCGUGUGGCUAGAGGACGGUACAGGAUUGUUGGAUGGACGGAUCGGUCCAUGAGUUCUCUACAAAUUAAUGAGUACUGUGCUUUAGCUAACAAUCCUAGCUCUGUUUGACGGUUAAGCCUCUAGACGCGCUUUUAAUGUGCCUGACCCAAACACGGGUCUUCCCUAUUUGAAGAGGAUGGCUCAGUAUCUCAUGAGCAUUUGGAAGUCCUCAGAAAGUCUUCAAAUCCUACAUCGGUAAAAGUCUUUUGUUCUUAGGUCCACAUAUGGUAUGUCAAACAGCGCACGCACGAGCACAGCUACACCUAAAUGUGAACUUUAGAUGUUCUCUCAAAUAUAUUCUGUGGAUGAAAAGGAUGGUGAAUGAACUCCUAAAAACGCAGUCGUUACGCUGAUUUUAGUUCUGGUACUUGUAACUUGCAUUUUCCGGAAAACCCAACAGAGGAGGUUUAUUCCCCUUUUUUUAAGUAAGCUACCGAAAAAAAGGUAUUGCAUGAUGCUCUGAGACUAUUACAAUGUGUUUUUUUUGUAUUUGCCAGCGGAACUUCGGUGACAAGCGGGUGGGACAACUCUAAGUGUUUCAAAAUUGGACAAAGAAAAUAAAUUGAGGUUAAAAGGUCUCGUCUUCAAUCGUAAAAUGACUUGGAUUCGGAUGAAGAUUGCAGGACGUGAUGCGAGUCAACCAAAUAUGACCGGACAACCCCUUCGAUAACAAAAUAAACUUUUCGAAAGAAUAGCAAAGUACUACGUUUGUCAUAAUUUUUUAAUUAAGUUGUUCGCUUGUAUAUAACAUAGCAUUGUGUGAAAUGUUACGUGUUUAUACAUUAUAAUCGUACAACAUAUGCGUGAAGUUAGUUAUUAUUACACAUAAAAGUGUGCUGUAGUGCUGAAACAGAGACUUGAUAAUUUUUUGUCGAUGUCGUGAAAAAAUAAACUACAUUUUUAACACAA